AGUAUCGAGGAAACAUCGAUUUCUGUUCCAGCUCUAUACCAUUGCUGCCCGAGUUUGCCCUCAAUUAAAAAUAAAAUUACAAAAUUUCACCGUUUCCGUUUGCAAGACGCAGCGCAUCGCCCAGGCGUUCAAAUUCCCAUCCAACACAAGUGGUAGUAUCGUUGUGAAACAUGUCAACACCCGCUCGCAGACGUCUUAUGAGAGAUUUUAAAAGACUUCAGGAGGAUCCACCCACGGGUGUCUCGGGUGCGCCAACAGAUAAUAAUAUUAUGAUAUGGAAUGCUGUGAUUUUUGGUCCACACGAUACACCAUUCGAGGACGGCACCUUUAAGUUAACCAUAGAAUUUACGGAAGAGUAUCCAAACAAACCGCCAACGGUUCGAUUCGUAUCGAAAGUAUUUCAUCCCAAUGUGUACGCAGAUGGUGGAAUAUGCUUGGACAUAUUGCAGAACCGCUGGAGUCCCACUUACGAUGUGUCAGCCAUACUAACAUCCAUACAGUCACUGCUGAGCGACCCCAAUCCCAACUCACCGGCCAACUCCACCGCCGCCCAGCUGUAUAAAGAAAAUCGCCGCGAAUACGAGAAGCGUGUGAAAGCCUGCGUGGAGCAAAGUUUCAUCGAUUAGCCAUGCGCCCACUCUAGGAACAGCAGCAGCACCAGAAGCAUCAGAAGCAGGAGCCACAACAGGAGCAGCAGCAGAUUAGAGGGCGGUCGCAGCUUAAAACAUCAGCAAACUACAGCAACAAAAAUAUGCAAUACCAUAAAGAAGUUUAAAUUAAAUAAUAACAGAAAUAUUUAUGAUAAUUGUAAUGCUAUGAAAUUGUAACAGCGCCAACGGCACGGCACAGCAGCAUAUAUUCACCCUCAACCGCUCACACACCUGCGCACACCACCCGCAACCCAUAAGCACUGGGCAGUUUUCAGUUAUAUUUGUUUGGCCGAUAGUUCCGCCUUGUCCUUAACCCUAACCCGAUCCCGAAAUCAGAACACACAAAAACACCUGGAAGUCCACUGUAGCAGCAGCCGCUAGUGCAGCCUGCAGCCAGAAAUAAGACUCUCAUAAGCUAAAAACUCAAAUGUUAUAAUUCAAAUA